GGUCGCACCUGACGGCUGUCGUGAAGCAGCGGGAGGAGAGCGAGGGAAGGAGGAAGGAAGGGGGAGCCCAGGCCCGGCCCGGCCCGGCCCCCGCCGGGCCCCUCCAGCCCCGCCGCCCCGGAGGAGGAGGAGGAGGCCGGAGGAGGAGGCGGCGCUGCUGCCGCCGCCGCUGCCGCCGCCGCUGCCGGCGGCUAUGUAGGGGCCCCGGUGCGGGCGGAUCCAGAGGCCGCUGCCCGCCUCUGGAGCGCGGCGCCGGGGCCGGGCCCGGCGGGAUGUUCUCCAAGAAGCCGCACGGGGACGUGCGGAAAUCCACGCAGAAGGUGCUGGACACCCGCAAGGACCCUCUCACCCGCCUCAAGCACCUGCGCGUCCUCAUCGACAAUGCAGAAUCAAUUGAUCUCAAACAGUUUUUCGACCUACAUUUCUCACAUAUAUAUUAUGUGUUCUUUGAAAACUUUGUGACUAUUGAAGUAGGUCUUAAACAAAAAGGUCACAAGUCUCAGAGAGAAGAAUUAGAUUCUAUUCUUUUUAUUUUUGAGAAAAUUUUGCAACUCCUUCCAGAAAGGAUUCAUCAGAGAUGGCAAUUUCAUAGUAUCGGGUUGAUUUUAAAGAAGCUUCUUCAUACUGGAAAUUCAUUAAAGAUACGUCGAGAGGGCGUACGUCUCUUUCUACUGUGGCUGCAAGCACUUCAGAAUAACUGUAGUAGAGAACAAUUAUGGAUGUUUUCUUGCUUAAUUCCUGGAUUUUCAUCACCACAAUCUGAAUAUGGUCCCCGAACACUAGAUAAUCUUAUUAACCCUCCUCUUAAUGUUCAAGAAACUCAAGUGACUAUAGAGGAAAUCACUCCACUUGUUCCUCCACAAUCAGGAGAUAAAGGACAAGAAGACUUAACAAGCUAUUUCUUAGAAGCGCUUUUGAAAUACAUAGUAAUUCAGGUUAAGAGUUUAGAAUGGAAGAACAAGGAAAACCAGGAAAAGGGAUUUUCAUUUUUAUUCUCAAAUUUUAAGAAAUAUUACUUGCCUUCUAUUUUCCCAAACAUCUGUAAGGAGACCAGCUUAUAUAACCCUAUACUUGAUAUACCACAGAUGAGACCAAAGCCACACUAUGUAAUGGUUAAGAAAGAUGCUGAAACCAACGAGGCAAUAUAUUGCACAAAGGAACCUUUUAUUAAGGCUCGUGUUAUUGUCAUUCGGUGGUUGGUGUCUUUCUGGCUUGAGCCAAAACCUCAUGCAGGACCUCAUAUUCCUGGGAUGGAAGGUGAAAAUGUGCCAAAGAAUAUACAGAGAGCAGCUGCUAGCAUGGCUUCAAGGGAAGACAGCAAAAAUGACAACACUGAUAAGCAGGACAGAAAUGCAGAGCCAGAACAAUCUCAUUCUAAUACAAGUACUCUAACAGAGAGAGAACCAAGUUCUUCCAGCCUUUGCAGUAUUGAUGAAGAACAUUUAACUGAUAUUGAAAUUGUCCGCAAAGUCUUUUCUUCUAAAAGAAGUAAUGUUAAUUUUCUAACUGAGAUUUUUCGACAGGCAUUUCUGUUGCCAAUAUGUGAAGCCGCUGCCAUGAGGAAAGUGGUAAAGGUUUAUCAGGAAUGGAUUCAGCAAGAAGAUAAGCCCUUAUUUAUGAAAGAACCUGAAGAAAUAAUGCAGUGUACAGCUGUAGAUUGUGAUGAAAAUAUUGUAGACCAUAAUUCAUCAGAGAAGGCAAAAGAAAGAGAAGAGGAGAAAGGUAUGAACUCCAGUCAUGUUAGAAAUUCAAACUGGGCAAGAAAUGGCUGUUACCAAGACACUUUGCAUAAACUGUCCGAAAUUGAUACUGAAGAGCAAAAUGUACGAGCUGGAGUGCAGUCAGUAUUGCAGGUUUUUAUUAUAAAUUCUUCAAACAUAUUCUUCCUUGAACCAGCAAAUGAAAUUAAAACUCUGCUGGAUGAACACACUGAUAUGUGUAAACGCAUUCUUAAUAUCUACCGCCACAUGGUAGUCCAAGUGACUAUGGACAAGAAGACUUGGGAACAGAUGCUACUUGUGCUGCUCAGGGUUACUGAAUCUGUGCUGAAAAUACCACCCCAAACUUUCUUGCAGUAUCAAGGAAGAAAAAAUUCCACCUUAGCAGGAAGACUUGCAGGACCUCUUUUCCAGACUCUUAUAGUAGCUUGGAUCAAAGCAAAUCUAAAUGUGUACAUCUCUCGAGAACUUUGGGAUGACUUGCUGUCUGUAAUGUCAUCACUGACAUAUUGGGAAGAGCUGGCCACUGAGUGGUCAUUGACAAUGGAGACACUAACUAAAGUAUUAGCUAGAAACCUCUAUAGCCUGGACCUCAGUGACCUGCCAUUGGAUAAAUUAAGUGAGCAGAAGCAGAAAAAACACAAAGGCAAAGGAGUUGGGCAUGAAUUCCCAAAAUCUUCUGUUGAUAAGUCCUUUUCUAGAGGCUGGAGCCGUGAUCAGCCUGGACAGGCACCCAUGAGACAACGCAGUGCUACAACCACUGGAUCUCCAGGAACAGAAAAGGCAAGAAGCAUAGUACGGCAGAAAACAGUUGCCAUGAGAAGCCGAUCCAUUGGUGAAUGUGCUCUGCCAUCGGCCUAUAUACGCAGUGCUAAAAGUGCUCCUGUUCUGAUCCAUACUUCCAAACCCUUCUUGCCUGAUAUUGUUCUCACUCCCCUUUCUGAUGAGCUUUCAGACAUUGAUGAUGCUCAAAUUCUUCCACGUCCACCUCGAGUCAGACAUUUUUCACAGAGUGAGGAUGCUCCAAGUGAAGUUUUUGGUGCAUUAAAUGAGGAACAGCCACUGCCACGAAGUAGCAGCACCUCUGACAUCCUGGAACCAUUCGCAGUUGAACGAGCCAAAGGUGCAGUUCCUGUCAUUGACAGUUCAUCCCAUCAUGCUCCAAGCUUACAGAGUUCCACUGAAACCUCUUCAAUGCAUAGAUCCACUGAAAGCCAUAUUACUGAUACAAAUAGCAGAGAGUCCUCCUUGGAAGUUGGGGAUAGUAUUUAUGACCAUCUUUGUCAUUUAAUAGGGCCGGUAGAAUUUGCAAACACAACCUUUGAACAAAGCCAAUAUGUUGACCUUGAAGGUGAAGAUGAUCUUCUUUCCUCUCUGAGAGAAUAUCUUAAAGAAAAAGAAGAACUUUGCGGUAACUUUGAGAUAGAUAAAUGUGAGGCUUCUGCUCACGAAGGUGAUACAUCAGUAAAUAGGAAUGAUAGAUUACCACUGGAUGGAUUAGAAAAUAGUGAUCAGACUGCUCAAUGCACGAAUAGCAUCACUGUUACAGAAAGAGCUGAUAACCCAGAGCUGCACCUAGAACAAAACCAAAGUGGCUUUAUAAGUAAUAUUGCACCUACUCAAGUAGACAUUUUUGCAAGAAAUGAAGCGCUCGAUAAAGCCAGACAGUUAAAUAUUGAUAAACAAUAUGAAAGCCUGUUUGAUCAUGGGUCGAGUAGUCCUAACAGCAAAGAAGGGAAGAGAUAUCUGUACAGGCAAGCAGCCACUGAAGCUGAUGUAGAUUCAGCUGUGGAAGCAGCAUUAGCUGAAAAGCAUAGAAGUACCCAAUUUAACGAAAAAAUAACCAACUCACGUGUUAUGCAUGCAAAGAAAAUUCUUCCUAAAGCACAAGUUAACCCUCAAAUGCCUCACAUCACAGGUACAAGCAAACUGUCACCAACUAAACGGAGUAUAUCUGAAACAGUAACUCAUAGGGCCAAAAUCAUGAAAAUAACAACUAAAAAAAGAAAUAGUGUUCAUGUAACUUUUAGACCAUCUACAGAAUCGGUUCAAUUUUACAAUCCUCUUGAGAACAAAGAGGCUGCUUGGAAAGCACGACUUCGUAAACUCAGUGGCUUCAGUAGUGGUGGUAGUGGUAGCAGCAACAGCGGUACCAGUACAAGCACCAGCUCAUCAGCUGUCAUGGAGCUGGUUAGACCCGGAAUAUAUAGACCUCUAGAUGCGAUCAAUGCUGCUUCAGUUGGUAGCAAGCAAAUUAAGGAAACUCCAGAAACUCAAGCAGCCAUGCUGCAAAAAGAAGGUAUUGUAGUUAAUCAGUUCCAUAAUCGUAGUGCAUUUAGAUCGUCAGGUCAGGAGUCAGCGCAACAGCAGGGUUCCCUGGGUGGUGUUUAUAAAACUGUUGUACAUGCUCUUUCGAAGCCGAAGGCAAAUGUUUCCCCACAGAGGCAGAACAGAGUGCCAGCAGAGGCUCCACUGAGGGAUCUGUACAGUCAUGUAAUGGGCUAUUUUGGAAGGAAAGCUGCAGCUAAUAGAGAGGACAUGAGUCAAAAGCUGCACCCUAUUGAUAGUGAUAUUGGCAGCAGCAAUACAAAUGUUCCUGACCUCAUGGAUGAAUUUAUAGCUGAGAGACUCCGCAGUGGUAGUGCACUGAAUGUGACAAGACGAGGAAGCAGUCCUGGCAGCCUGGAAGUUCCAAAAGACCUUCCUGAUGUAUUGAACAAACAGAACCAAAUGCGUCCUAUAGAUGACCCAGGCGUGCCAUCCGAAUGGACAUCGCCUGCUAGUGCAGGCAGCAGUGACCUCAUCAGUUCAGAUAGCCACUCUGACUCGUUCAGUGCUUUUCAGUAUGAUGGCCGCAAAUUUGAAAGUACACUUACAGCGACUAAGCAGAAUACAGGACAUGCAAUAGGAAUGUCUUCUCCAGAAGUUCAGUCACAGUUUUGUGACAGAAAUGAGAAUGUCCAUAAUAGCCAAUUACUUUCUGCUUUUACAUCUUAUGUAAAUUGUGCAACAGUGUGUUGGAAGCAUAGGAGAUGUACAUACAAGUUUUACAUGGAAGAUUUUGGAGAUUUCAGCUUUGGCACCGAGGCAGGGACACCAGCUUCCACUGAUGUUGAUGCAAUUUCAGGACAACAACAGAGUGCUGAGGAGCAAGAAGUAGCCAGUCUAACUACACUCCACAUAGAUUCAGAAACAAGUAGUCUCAAUCAGCAACCAUUGUCUGCUGAAGCUGCAACUAUUACUGGCUCUGAAAGUGCUUCUCCAAUCCAAUCUGCUCUUGGAUCCCGAUCACAGACACCCUCUCCUGCCACUCUUCAUGCAGAUCAUAUUGAGCAGAAGGAUCUGCAGCUGGAUGAGAAGCUCCACCACUCUGUUUUACAGACGCCAGAUGACCUAGAAACUAGUGAAUUUCCCUCAGAAUGUUGCAGUGUAAUGGCUGGGGGAACACUUACAGGAUGGCAUGCAGAUGUUGCUACUGUGAUGUGGAGGCGGAUGCUAGGAAUUUUAGGGGAUGUCAACAGCAUCAUGGAUCCAGAAAUUCAUGCCCAGGUUUUUGAUUACCUGUGUGAACUGUGGCAGAAUCUGGCCAAGAUAAGAGACAAUCUUGGUAUUUCAACAGAUAAUCUAACUUCACCAUCUCCACCAGUCUUAAUUCCACCACUAAGAAUUCUAACACCUUGGCUGUUCAAGGCAACAAUGCUGACUGAUAAAUACAAACAAGGCAAGCUACAUGCUUAUAAGCUCAUUUGUAAGACAAUGAAGCGAAGACAAGAUGUAUCUCCAAACAGGGAUUUUUUAACUCAUUUCUACAAUAUAAUGCACUGUGGACUUCUUCAUGUUGAUCAGGAUAUUGUCAAUACAAUCAUCAAGCACUGCUCUCCUCAGUUCUUUUCACUUGGUUUGCCUGGUGCCACCAUGCUUAUCAUGGAUUUCAUUGUGGCAGCAGGAAGAGUGGCAGCUUCUUCUUUUCUCAAUGCACCAAGAGUUGAAGCACAAGUUCUUUUAGGAUCUCUUGUCUGUUUUCCCAAUUUAUAUCAUGAACUACCAGCUCUUCAUCCAAACAUUCCGGACAUUGCUGUGUCUCAGUUUACAGAUGUUAAGGAGCUCAUAAUUAAAACUGUGUUAAGCUCAGCAAGAGAGGAGCCAUCUGGUCCUGCACGAUGUGUUGCUCUUUGCAGUCUUGGUAUUUGGAUCUGUGAGGAGCUAGUUCAUGAAUCCCAUCAUCCUCAGAUUAAGGAAGCUUUGAAUGUGAUUUGUGUUUCUUUAAAGUUUCCCAAUAAAACAGUAGCCCAAGUUGCCUGCAGUAUGCUGAACAUGCUGAUACAUUAUGUGCAUAGACUUCAAGUGUAUCAAGCUGAUUCACCUUUAAGAAUUAUUCAAAUUCUGAUAGCAACUAUUACUCAUCUGUUACCCAGUACAGAAGCUUCCUCAUAUGAACAGGACAAGAGGUUGGUGGUUUCCUUACUUCUGUGCCUGUUGGAUUGGAUAAUGGCCUUGCCAUUAAAGACCUUGCUGCAGCCUCUUCACUCUACAGGAGCAGAAAAUGAUAAGACUGAGAGAUCUGUUCUUAAUUGUAUCUAUAAGGUUCUGCAUGGAUGUGUCUAUGGUUCUCAGUGUUUUAGCAACCCCAAAUAUUUUCCUCUAAGUCUUUCUGAUUUGGCAUGUGUGGACUACGAUCCUUUUAUGCAUUUAGAAAGCUUGAAGGAACCAGAACCACUGCAUUCUCCAGACUCUGAGCGUUCUUCUAAACUUCAGCCAGUCACUGAAGUGAAAACCCACAUGCAACAAGGAUUAAUUUCUGUUGCUGCUCGUACUGUGAUAACACAUCUAGUCAACCACUUAGGCCACUAUCCUAUGAGCGGAGGUCCUGCUAUGCUAACUAGCCAAGUGUGUGAAAACAAUGACAAUCCAUACAGUGAAAGUCCUGAGCUUUCUCCCGAACUUUUUGAGAACCCGAACCUUCAGUUCUUUGUGUUAAACAACACUUCCUUGGUGUCUUGCAUACAAAUCCAAGCAGAAGACGACAUGCCUGGCGGAGGACUAUCUGCUGGACUUGCAUCUGCUAAUUCAAAUGUCAGAAUUAUAGUGCGUGAUCUGUCUGGCAAAUACUCAUGGGAUUCGGCCAUUUUGUAUGGACCGUCAUCUUUAUGUGCAUCAUCACAACAAACGUCUUUUGCACUUUCACUAUCUCAACAAGACAAAACAGAAGAUGCUCUUUCAUCUUUUGAACACGUGGAGGAUCUAUCUUCAAGGGAUGGAAUUACACUCCAAGUAAAAAGGAAAUUUAGAGAGACUGUACCGACAUGGGAUACAAUUAGGGAUGAAGAAGAUGCCCUUGAUGAGCUCUUGCAGUAUUUAGGUGUUACAAGCCCUGAAUGCUUACAGAGAACUGGUGUCUCACUCAACAUUCCUGCUCCUCAGCCAGUCUGCAUCUCAGAGAAGCAGGAGAAUGAUGUCAUCAAUGCAAUUCUGAAACAGCACACAGAAGAGAAAGAGUUUGUUGAAAAACAUUUCAAUGAUUUAAAUAUGAGGGCUAUGGAGCAGGACGAGCCAACCUCACAAAAGCCCCAGUCAGCAUUUUACUACUGCAGGCUACUUCUCAGUAUAUUGGGAAUGAACUCUUGGGAUAAAAGAAGGAGCUUUCAUCUCUUGAAGAAAAAUGAGAAGUUACUUCGAGAACUCAGAAAUUUGGAUUCAAGACAAUGCCGAGAGACACACAAGAUUGCAGUGUUUUAUGUUGCUGAGGGACAAGAAGAUAAACACUCCAUUCUUACUAAUACUGGGGGAAGUCAAGCCUAUGAGGAUUUUGUAGCUGGUCUUGGCUGGGAGGUGAAUCUCACAAACCAUUGUGGCUUUAUGGGAGGACUGCAAAAAAACAAAAGCACUGGAUUGACCACUCCAUAUUUUGCUACCUCGACAGUAGAAGUAAUGUUCCAUGUGUCAACAAGAAUGCCUUCUGAUUCAGAUGACUCUCUAACAAAAAAGCUAAGACAUUUAGGAAACGAUGAAGUACACAUUGUCUGGUCAGAGCAUACUCGGGAUUAUAGAAGAGGAAUAAUUCCAACAGAAUUUGGUGAUGUUCUUAUAGUUAUCUAUCCCAUGAAAAACCAUAUGUUCAGUAUCCAGAUCAUGAAAAAGCCUGAGGUUCCAUUUUUUGGUCCACUCUUUGAUGGUGCUAUUGUGAAUGGAAAAAUUCUUCCUAUUAUGGUUCGCGCAACAGCUAUAAAUGCAAGCCGUGCAUUGAAAUCAUUAAUCCCAUUAUACCAAAACUUUUAUGAGGAGAGAGCACGAUACCUGCAAACAAUUGUCCAGCAUCACCUAGAACCUACAACUUUUGAGGAUUUUGCUGCGCAGGUUUUCUGUCCAGCACCUUACCACCAUUUGCCCUCGGACACAGAUCAUUAAAUAUCAGUUCUGUUUAUCUGAAGCAUGAACAAGUAGUACUGGAUGGCAGUGGUGUGUUUUGUACCCUGUACUGUCUUUCAUUGAUGUUGUAAGACAUUCUGCAGUGAUAACAUAGGAGAGAAGGAGAAGAAGAAUGUGUAACACUUGAAAUUCUUUGUUCAGAAAACUUUAUUUAAUGUCAAAUAAAGCAAAGUGCUACUGUGGAAAAGAUGUAAAUCUAAAUAAAAUAAAUUUUGUAAGAAUUAAUUCAGUAAGUCAUUAUCUCAAAAUUUGUUUAUUAACUGCAAAAUUAUGCAGAAAUAAAUUUUAAAAUUCUAAAAGUGUUCUGAUUAGGACCGCAGAAAGAGUGACUGAGAGAUGUUAAAACACUGAGCUUGCUUUGUGUGAAGGUAUCAACUGUAAGUGGAAAUGAGGCGCAGUUUUAAAGUGUAAGUGGUAUAGCUGUGCCAGUUCUAAUCAUCAAAACCAAAGGGAAACCAAAUUAAAAGGCAGCGAUUUAAAACUAAUUAAAUCAGUACAAAAAUAGUAAUUUAAUUUAAUGUAUGAAAACGUUUGAAUAGGAGGAAUCUGUAACGAGAAACAUUGGAAGCAAUAAGCAGGGAUAUCAAUCCUUACCACUUUUCCUCCAUAAUGCGGUCAGCAAGCACUUAGCAUCAGACAGUUCUAUAUCAUUAGAAUAGCAUAGAUCCUAUAUUCUAGUGUACUCUUAUCAGUUCUGCCUGAUCACUUUUGGAAAUCUCAUUCCAGGCUAAAUCAUUCUCUGUUCAUCUAGCUCCUUCUUUUGGCGUGAAGCAAAGCUGCUUUUCUCCCUUGCACCAAACUAGUACAGAACAGGGGCAAUUCCUGUAUUCCUUUAGAAGUUGUCCAAGUCAUACUUGCUUUCUCUAACUUGAUCUGGAAAACAGAUUCUUACUGAAAAUCUUGAUUUUAGUCUUAAGCUUUCUCUCACAGAUGGCCCUGAACUUUGAAAGACCAUGAUCCCAAGAAACAGUCCACUUGACGUGCUAUUAAAAUACUGAUCUACCCCUGUGUUACCAGGGUCCCUGCACCCGACAGCUGUAUUGAAAGAUAGGUACAGAGGUCUCACUUGUGCCAGGAUUACACAUAGGAUCAGCACUGGAAUCCUGCCUGGACAUCUACGCACAUCCCCAGGAUGACUCAAAACCUUGCAGGCUACCUGCCAGACAUUUCUGUGUCAUUCAAAAAGUUCUGACCAGCUUCUAAAAAUAUGUUGCAAUUACUUUUUAAAAUAAAAUUUUAUGUCUGCUUUUUAUGAAAAAAAAAAGUCCAUAAGCAACUAGAAAAUAUUUCCUUAUUUUAGACUUGAUUGUUUAGUUGGAUCAUGAUCUUGAAGCUUAUAGUUGUCAAAUAUGUUUAAUUUUUCUAAAAUAUUAUUUACAAUUUCUUCUUCUAAGAUAUAUACAGAAACUGCGAAGCUACAAAAGCCCAUCAACAAGCACUGUAUUUUAUUUUUGUUGUCACCCCAUGGGCUUCUUUCAGCAUGCCAAACUCUUCAUUUGAACUAUGACAAUCAGCAAAUGGAGACUAUGCCAUUCAAACUGUAUUUUCUCAGAUUGGUGUAUUUUAUGAAAGCCUCGGUCCUCAGCAAAAGCUGUUUCCUUCCUUAGAGCGUUGCUGCUUGAUACAAAGUAAUUGUGGCUGCUGCUGUUUGAUCUGGAUAUCUAGGUUGCCCUGUUAAAAUACCUGAAAAGUCCAUCUUCCCAGGUUUAGGAACUUGACUAGUGUAGUGAAUGUAUGUUUUUUUUUUUUUCUUUUCUUUUUAAAAAAGAGAUUUAUCCCCACUUAAUCACAGAAUGUAAUUCAGGUGCUGCUCUUUUUUUUAAAAAAAAAAAAAAAAAAACUUUGUGCUGACUCUGGUAAGUGGAGUUAACUGCAAAAUAAUAUUUCCUGCUAUACAGCUAUUGAGUAAACCAGACUUAUGUGACACCAGAGUAGGCUGAGGAAACUGUCAAUGACAAGCUCAAUGAUAUUGAAGGGCUUAUUGACCCCUCGAUGCUAAGAUUCUGAGUUUUAAAUUGUACUGAUGAUUUGGUUUUCUUUUUUCUGUCAUCUUUUUUUUUCCUCUCUUGUUACUAAAAGUAGGACCUCAGUAUAGUAAACCUUGUUAAAAAGGGUCAUAGUAUUUUACUUGUGAUGCCAGCAGAAGACUAUUUGAUCCCAAUAGUCAUCCUACAUUUUCAAGCCUGCAUUCAGACCAGUCUUGCGGCCCCACUCCCAAAGUCAGUGGGGAUGCCAGCUUACAGGCAGAGAAGGGGAAGAAUGUAGAGGUAGUGGUGUUUCAGCCUUGCACAAGAAAAUCUCAAAUUCCAUGGCCUGCAUCUUAACCCGAUCUGCUGCUUGUUUGCUGUGUAACUUUGAACAGAGAAUCUGUUCAUCUUUUUGGCCCUCUGUUAUCCCUUUGCAUAUGAGAAUGAUGGUGCCUAAGCACCACUGUUGACAAACAACGCUCCUGGUGGUGAUGGUUGAACUUUGUGACCAGAAAUGCAGUUAAGAACAGAAAUGUUUUAUUAAGGCUGUAUGUCUGGAGGGGCUGGGAAGAGUUUCUCAUUAUUCCUUCUCCAGUCCAAACUUAGUAAGAAAUGCUUUCAUUCCAGAUCAGAGCAAACCCACAAAACUUAAUGAAAUUUUCCAAAAAAUCCCCAUUGGACAACUGAAGCUGAAAUGUUACGCAUUUCUGAACUGUUGCCCAUGCGUUGGCCACUUGGGUUGUAGUAAGCUGCGGAUCCUCAGCACUUCAAAGUGAUAAAUCCAGUGAGGACUGCUGGAGGCCCAAACAGAUCAACUUUGUUCAUUUCCACUGAAAAGCAAGAAAUAUAAUUGUGCAAU